AUGUGCUUCUACGACCAGCACCGUUUUGCCUGUGGCGACUGGAAGUGGGGCCACUUCCGCCAGCACUGUGCCAAGGAGUAUCGAAUCGGCGAGACGUGUGGUAUGAAGCUCAUCAUGCAAACAGUUCCUACGGGAACUUUCUGCAAGCUGUGCGAAAAGAUCAACACGAAACAACGCCGCCGAGCCGCCGAGGUGGACCGCGUCGGGCGGUGGCAGCGUGAGCCGCACAAGUUCGGAGCCUCAAUUGAGAAAUCGAUGGAAAUGAUUCGCGGUCUGGACGGAGAGAUCUAUGAGCUGACCUGCGAGCGCAACCGCAGACUGCAAGCGAUUCACUGA